GCCUGGGCCGUGGAUAAAGGCUGCCCAGGUGCUGGGGCUCCUCUUCGCUGGCCUCAUUCCUUGCCCGGAGCAGCUCCCUCCUGCUGCUGGACUCGACUGCCAGCGCUCGGCCGCGAUGAUGCACCAACGUUUCCUUUUCAUUCUCUUCCUUUCCUUCCAUCUCCAUGAAUGCGAAGAUCAAAUCCCGGGUGGAGAUCCCUAUGAAAUGCCCAAAGACUACCAGGAGGUCUACAGAGGGUCAAAGAAUGAUGUCAAAGAGAUCCCAAAGAUUGCAAAGCCUUUCAUUUCUGAGAUGAUCUUUGUGCAAACCAGCAUCACCACUAUUAGGAAAGGUGCCUUCAUGUACAUGCCCAACCUGAUCAAGAUUUUGUUUAUUGGCAACAAAAUCAAGGCAGUUGAACCUGGAGCCUUUGACAAUUUGGACAAGCUGAGGGACUUGGACAUCUCUGGUGCCUCUUUAGAAGAACUAUCUGUGGGCACUUUCCAAAACCUCCCAUGCUUGCAGAGGCUGGAGCUGAGAGACAGCCAGCUCAGAUACAUCCCCAAAGGCCUGUUUGAUGGGCUGGAACAGCUGGGAGAGCUCUCCCUGCACAGCAAUGCCAUCUCUUCCCUUCCAGAAGGCAUUUUUGAUUCUCUUGUCAAUCUAACAUUUUUGGACCUGGCCAGAAACAAGAUCAAGGCUCUUCCUGAGGAUGCUUUCAGCAAACUUCCCCAGCUGCAGGUCCUCCGGCUGUAUGAGAAUGAGCUGCAGGACCUCCCAGCAGGGCUGCUGAACAGUCAGCCAGGACUGCUGGAGCUUAACCUUCAGAGCAACAGGCUCAAAGCGCUGCCACCCAUGCUCCUGAGGAGCUUGCCUCACUUGGAGAAGCUCCUCUUGGACAACAACUUCAUCAGGGUUCUCCCACCUGAGGGCUUUUUUGGUUUGAACAGAUUGAAGCUGUUGACUUUGGAUUCAAACAACAUCACAGAGCUCCCCUGCUGCCUUUUUGAUACCAUGCCACACUUGCGGGAGCUGGACCUGGGCAGGAACAGUCUGGCCACACUUCCAGAUGGCAUCUUUGUCAAUCUCACCUCUCUUGGGAAGCUCAUCUUGUCCCAUAAUCAACUAGCAGCCUUGCCAAGAGGAACCUUCACUGGGCUCAGCAAGCUCUCGGACCUCCAGCUGGAUACAAAUCAGCUUUCUGCUCUGGAUUGUGAAGUCUUUGCUUCUCUCCCAAACCUGAAAACCCUCAACCUUCGGAAGAAUCAGCUGGAGAGUGUCCCCCGAGGGCUCCUGGACCCCCUGAAGAAGCUCAACUCAGUGUAUCUGAGUGGCAACCCAUGGAGAUGUGACUGUAACCUCUGCUACCUGCACAGCUGGGUCAUGGACAGCAGUGAGAAGGUCAAAUUGUCCACCCAAGUGUCAUGCAAGAGUCCACCCCACCUGGCAGGGCAAUCAGUGUUAUCACUGAGAGAUGACCACUUAAUUUGUCCAGCUACUCUGCCUGUUUCAGCUUCUUUAACCCCAUCUCUGCCAUUCACAUCCACAUCAUCACAAGGGAUGUCAACCUUGCUCUCAUCUGGACCCUUGCCCACUGCAGUGCCAACCACACUGCCAUCAAUAGCGUUUCCAGUCACAACACUGCCAACCAUGCUGUCUCCUGUGGCCACCUCUGCUGUGUUGCCAACCAUGACAACAGAGGCCUUCUUCACUGCUCAAUCACCAACCAUGCCAUCUAAGGUCUCCAUUGCCAUCCCUUCAUCAGCUGUGCUGCCAAAGCUCUCCAUCACCACCACAUCACCAGCUGUGCUGCCCCAGACCUCCAUCACCACAUCAUCAUUAACAAUGCUGCCAAAGGCCUCCAUCACUACUCCAUCAUCAGCCAUGCCAUCUAAGGUCUCCAUUGCCAUUCCUUCAUCAGCUGCACUGCCCCAGACCUCCAUCACCACAUCAUCAUUAACAAUGCUGCCAAAGGCCUCCGUCACUACUCCAUCAUCAGCCAUGCCAUCUAAGGCCUCCAUUGCCAUCCCUUCAUCAGCUGUGCUGCCAAAGGUCCCCAUCACCACCACAUCACCAGCUGUGCUGCCACCGACCUCCAUCACCACAUCAUCAUUAACAAUGCUGCCAAAGGCCUCCAUCACUACUCCAUCAUCAGCCAUGCCAUCUAAGGUCUCCAUUGCCAUCCCUUCAUCAGCUGUGCUGCCAAAGGUCUUCAUCACCACCACGUCACCAGCUGUGCUGCCUAAGUCCUCCAUCACCACAUCAUCAUUAACAAUGCUGCCAAAGACCUCUGUCACUACUCCAUCACCACCUGUGCUGCCUAAGAAGUCCAUCACCACACCAUCACCAAUCGUGUUGCCUGAGACCUCUACCACCGCUCCAUCACCAGCUGUGCUCCCUGAGGCCUCCAUCACCACCCUAUUAACAGCUGUGCUGCCAGAGAGCUCCUUCGACACACCAUCAUCAACUGUUCUACCAAAGGCCUCCGUUGCCAGCUCAUCAUCACCCAUACUGCCCAAGGCUUCUGUCACCACCCCACUGUCAGUUGUGCCACAGAAGGCAUUUAGCCUUCGUCCUUCUUCAUCCAUCAUAAGCCUAGAGCCUCCUGGGGCCACCAGCCCAGAGCCUGCUCUGUCCACUCUAGCUUCUGCCACUACACCAGUGCCAACCAGCCUGCUGGCAGCCUCCACCAGACAAGGGACUCUUGCUCUUCCAGUGCCCACAGAGACGCCAGGCACCAUCCCAUGGGGAACACCCAGCAUCUCCCUUACCUCAGCCCCCACCACGACACCACCCUGCAGGGAUGCUGUGACAGAUGUGAUGCCACUGGGAUCACGCUCCCCAUCCCACCAUGAUUCUGUGCCAAGCAGGGAGUGCGAUCAUGCCACCACAUGGGGCUCAUUCACAUUUGACACACAGCCUAUGCCCACUGCCUCCCAACACACUUCUACUCCUCCAGGCACCAUCGAGAUCCCAACGUCUCCUGUCCCCCUGUCACCAGACCCCACAAGCCUCUGGCCAGCAUCCUCACCCCUGGCCCCUGGCAGCCGUCAGACCUGGGGCUUCACCUUGCCACUCAGCCCACGGCACUGCAGGGCCUGGCUGGUGCUGGGCCUGGCCUCACUGGCACUGCAGGCUCUUCGGCUGCUCCUUGAAGUGCUGCUGACGGCUGUGAAAUACGGGAGGCAAGUGUGGGGCAGCGCAUCUGGGUGGGAUGGAACAAGCAGCUCCGGGGCUGGGGCUGGCACGACAGCAUACAAGGUGUACGACUCUCUGCCGAGGACCAAGGGAGCUAACCACUAG